AUGCGAAGCCUCGCGAGGCGUUCGUUGCUCAAUGACCUUUCUCCCAAUUUCGUCUGCCGCAACUGCAAGCAGCAGCGCCGCCGAUUCGCCAGCUCGAUAGCCACGCCGGCUCGGCCACCGUCCUCAGGCCUGGCUGCCCUGUCCUCGAGGCAGCUGCUCUCGGUAUCCGGUCCCGACGCGGCCAAGUUUCUGCAGGGCAUCAUCACGGCCAACGUGGUGUCGAACAAGGGCGAGCCUCGGACCGAUGCCUUUUAUACGGGAUUUUUGAAUGCCACGGGGAGAGUGCUCCAUGAUGUCUUCAUCUAUCCGGUUCGAGGCGCGACGCAAGAGGAGAAUGGCUUCUUGAUCGAGGUGGAUUCAGCGCAGAUUAAUGCGUUGACCAAAUAUAUCAAGCGAUACAAGCUCAGGGCCAAGAUAGCUCUCCGGCCGGUAGAUGCGGGCGAAGUAGCCGUAUGGCAUGCAUGGAACGAUACCACUGGCGGGAAGCUCGACAUUGCAUCGGACGAAUCCAGGAUUGUGUUUGAAGACCCCCGAGCGCCAGGUCUAGGAUACAGAAUCAUCCAGCUCGCAGGCCAAAAGCCACCCGAAGUCGACAUCAACCAGGCCAGCGAAGACGCCUACACGAUCCGGCGCUAUCUACACGGCGUGGCAGAAGGCCAGGACGAGAUCCUGCGAGAGCAAGCCCUGCCGCUCGAGAGCAACAUGGAGCACAUGGACGGCAUCGACUUCCACAAGGGCUGCUACGUAGGCCAAGAGCUGACCAUCCGCACCAAGCACCGCGGCGUCGUCCGCAAGCGCAUCCUCCCAUGCGUCAUCUACGAAAAGGACAAGGCGGCGCCCACGAGCCUCCACUACGAUCCCGAGAGCGGCUCCCCCGAGGCCCUGACGGCAGACAUGAUCCCCGUCGAGACCAGCAUCGGGCGGUCCGGCAAAAGGGGCCGCAGCGCCGGCAAGUGGCUUCGGGGAGUGGGCAAUAUUGGCCUGGGGCUGUGCCGCCUGGAGAUUAUGACGGACGUGGUGCUGCCGGGCGAGCAGGCCGCGGCGACGUUUAAAGAUGGAGAUGAGUUUGAGCUGGAAUGGGGAGAGGAGGACAAUAAGAGCGGCGUCAAGGUCAAGGCGUUUGUUCCGGACUGGUUGAGACGGGGUCUAGACGAAGCGCAGCGGUGA